UAUAGCCUGGAUGGAAUGGAAAGGAAAAGAAGGGAGUCUUCCCUUUGCUUCGGAGGAGCUCUGAUCUACACUGUUGCCUUUGGAAGUUCAUCUCCAGUUCCUUCGGCUUCCAGUGCAGACUCUUCAGCCUCCCAACACAGACUUUUCGGCGUUCCACACGGACUCACAAGGGACUCUGCAGUGAGCUCCACCACGACUUUGACCUUCAGCUGGACCCCCAGCUCUCCAUUUUGCACUCUUCCACCCCUGAUCUCGCAGGAGGCCAUUGACAACCCUCCAUAUGACAAGGGGGCCUUUAGAAUCGAAAUCAACUUUCCAGCAGAGUAUCCAUUCAAACCACCGAAGAUCACAUUUAAAACGAAGAUCUAUCACCCGAACAUUGAUGAAAAGGGACAGGUUUGCCUGCCGGUAAUUAGUGCAGAGAACUGGAAGCCAGCGACCAAGACCGACCAAGUAAUCCAGUCCCUCAUAGCACUGGUGAACGACCCCCAGCCUGAGCACCCGCUCCGGGCUGAUCUAGCUGAAGAAUACUCUAAGGACCGUAAAAAAUUCUGUAAGAACGCUGAAGAGUUUACAAAGAAAUAUGGGGAAAAGCGACCUGUGGACUAAAAUCUGCCACAAAUGAUUCCAGCAAGUGUGAGCAGAGACCCCGAGCAGUGCAUCCAGACACCCCGCAAAACAGGACUCUGUGGAAAAUUGACAUGUGCCACCACCUGGCGUUCACUUGUGGCAGUUACUAACUUUCUACAGUUUUCUUAAUCAAAAGUGAUCUAGUAACUUGUAAAGAAAGGAUUAAAAAUUUCAGAUAUUCUAGUUCUGCUUUCUUUGUUUUAAAAAUCACUGCUUCAGUCUACUUCAAAAGCAUGGUGUUUCUUUUUCUUGUCCAAAUUUGCCCAAAAUCUUCAAGUCACAUUUAGCCUGUGAGGUUAAAAAAAGAAAAAUGAGGGUUAUGGUUCCCCUUCCUUCCAUACCCUUGCAGCUCCCACUCUCCCUGCAUUCAGUUUAUUUUUCAUGGAUUCACUUUCUGACACCCGUCUUUACUGCAAUGAAGAAAUGGCUCUGGCGGCUUUUCUUGUGUGUCACACCAUCCGCCAUGGGAGUUGGUUUAAUUCUCCUGAUGCCAGUCUCUAACAUCCUUUUUAAAAAUUACAAACGAGCAAACCACCACCACCCCCCAAAAAGAAAAUGAACAGAAAAGCCCUGCAAAGGGAGGCCCAGCUCUUCUGUAAAAACCUGGCUCAUGUCCCCACAGCAGUGUGGAGUUAGUGGGCAAGCCCACUGUCUGUGUGUACCUGAUUGAACUGCAGCCUUAUCUGGACUGUGUAGGAAACCCUCAAGGCCAGGUCUGGUGACUCUGGAGGAAGGGCUUGCCAGCUGAGGACACUGCGCUUGCGAGA